AUGCUGAGUGCUGACAUUCUACGUAGCGUCAAAGCUGUCGUCAGUGCUGGUACAGACAUUCUGCAGUGCCGCGGAGGCACCGAGUAUAGCACUGCUGCUGCUGCAGAUGGGAGGAUUCUGACGCACAAAACAACAAAUGAAGACAAAAAGCACCCCGACACAACUGCUACAAUACACUGUGCACCAGGGAAGGACAUGGAGAAGAGGCGAGUACGAAAACACGAUAAGGCAAUAAUGGCGCAUAUACAAGGUGACGAGAGAAGGGACCUGAUAACGAACCGUAGUCGUGGCGUGUUCACAAUCUACUUCCCAAACCGCCGGAUUACAGCUUACUGCAGUCAAUUUAUUUAUUUAGCCAUGAAAUUAACACAAAACAAGGAAACGAGUGCGCCAAGUGGCAUCGGUAGUACGUCAGGACACGUUCUUCGCCAGAAACUCUGGCCAAAAUUAAGGCUCAAAACCCAGUAUUCCGCCGAACAGACACCAAACACUUGCCGUUCCAUCGGAGCGUGCGACAACAAUUUGACUUCGGCGCUAAGCUGGGCAAUCGAAAUAAAAAAUGACAGUAAACUACAAAUCACAAUGAACGACAGAACCAUCAAUGAUGGUGACGUCGAGAAUUGUGAUGAGCAGGAGCAUGAAGAAGACGACGGGGACUAUGGAGAGGACAAGGAUAGUGUUGAAGACGACAAGUAUUUUAAUGAAGUUGAAAAUGAAAAUGACGACGUCAUCUAUAAAGAUGAUGACUAUGACAAAGUCUUAAAUGAUGAAGAUGAACAUCAUGAAGACUGGAGUUCAAAGAUCUUCUUUUCUCACUUUGUCAUCAAUUUUGUCGUUUAUGUCAAAGACAGACGUAGAGGGUACCCCUGGAAGAAAUGGAUGCCUCUCCCUAUGUCACUGACAGCAUUGACCUGGUGGCGGAAGGUGAUGCGAUUACUCGCAAGACCGUCGUCGUAUUCAUCGACAAAAUUGAUUCUGAAGGUGGUGAAAUUUAGGGAGAUGGUUUCCUACACGAAGGAAAAUAAGGGGCAUAGUGGACGUAUGUGUAAAAUUGGAGGAGGCAGAGGAAGAAGACAUAUGUACGUAAUGCUGACUGUGAUGGAUGGGGCACAAAUACUGGAGAAGAUAAAAAAAGCUAUGAUAAAGACGACAGCGAUGAAGACUGAAAUCUUGAAGACAAAUGAAUGCGUCGAUUAUAUGCCACUCACCACCGUCAUCCUGAUGACAGUGCUCCAAAUCACUGAUACCUCCACUGAUCAUGAGGAGGUUCUGACUAUUGGUAGUCGCAGAGGAAGCUUUUGCCGAAUUGUGCAGAAUGCCAGAAGCGGAUGUAUGGGAGGAGGGAGAACACGUGCCUGCAACAGUAUUCGUUUCCAUUCAGCAGUUGACUUUAUCCUGUCUGAAUACUAUUUAAACGAUCAACGCGGAGCAAUCCGUAGCUUGAGACCAUUGAUUACGAAAUUGGGACCAUGGAGACAACACAACCUGGGGCCAUGA